AUGGCGCUCUCGGGAAUGGGCUCGUGCUGUCAGUGUGGUUUUGCUUUUGGCAUAUUCCAGUUUGGAGCGCUGGGGGUCCCUCGAGACGUUGAGUGGAUUGAGGGGAGCUUUAGAGCUGGAGGGAGGAGUGGGACUGACGAGCAAGAUGAUGAUUUUUUCCAUGAACUUCCGGAAACUUUUCCAUCUGAUCCUCCCGAGCCCUUGCCCCACUUCCUCAUUGAGCCUGAAGAAGCUUACAUUGUGAAGAACAAGCCCGUGAACCUGUACUGCAAAGCGAGCCCUGCCACGCAGAUCUACUUCAAGUGCAACAGCGAAUGGGUCCACCAGAAGGACCACGUGGUGGAUGAGAGGGUAGACGAAACCUCCGGUCUCAUCGUGCGGGAGGUGAGCAUCGAGGUGUCCCGGCAGCAGGUGGAGGAGCUCUUCGGGCCCGAGGAUUACUGGUGCCAGUGCGUGGCCUGGAGCUCGGCCGGCACCACCAAGAGCCGCAAAGCCUACGUCCGCAUCGCCUAUCUCCGGAAGACUUUCGAGCAGGAGCCCUUGGGGAAAGAAGUGUCCCUGGAGCAAGAGGUGCUGCUCCAGUGCCGCCCCCCCGAGGGCAUCCCCGCGGCUGAGGUGGAGUGGCUCAAGAAUGAGGAGGUGAUCGAUCCAGUGGAGGACCGCAACUUCUACAUCACUAUCGAUCACAACCUGAUCAUCAAGCAAGCCCGUCUCUCCGAUACGGCCAACUACACCUGUGUGGCCAAAAACAUCGUGGCCAAAAGGAAGAGCACGACGGCGACGGUGAUCGUCUAUGUGAACGGAGGCUGGUCGACGUGGACGGAGUGGUCAGUGUGUAACAGCCGCUGCGGGAGAGGCUUUCAGAAGCGCACGAGGACCUGCACCAACCCUGCCCCGCUCAACGGCGGCGCCUUCUGCGAAGGCCAAAGCGUGCAGAAAAUAGCGUGCACCACGCUAUGCCCAGUGGAUGGGAAAUGGACGUCCUGGAGCAAGUGGUCCACGUGCGGCACGGAGUGCACCCACUGGCGCCGGCGGGAGUGCACGGCCCCGGCGCCCAAGAACGGCGGCAAGGACUGCGAGGGGCUCGUGCUGCAGUCCAAGAACUGCACGGACGGGCUCUGCAUGCAAA